AACCAAAGCUGCUCACCUGCUAGGUGUUCAGAGACCGAAGUUUGUACCAACAUGAAAGACGAAAGCCACAGUUGUAUCAGAGAAGAUUUUUGUCCAACUAUGGAAUGGCUGCCUUUCAACGGCAUAUGUUACCUAUUUUUAGAAGAACAAUUAAACGCAGACAAUAAUUUGGAGCGGUGUGCCAGUAUGAACGCCUCAAUGGUACGAGUAGAGGAUGCUGCUGUGCAUCUUACUCUCCAACAGGAAAUGGCAAGAAGGGGUAUUACACAAAUAUGGAUUGCUGCAAACGAAAGAGGGACAAAAAACCAUUGGGUCUGGGGUCCUGGCGAUCCGGUGGUGAAUGAAGGGUGGGCACCCGGUGAACCAUUUGGUUUCAACAAAGAAUGCGUCAUCCUUAAGACGAAUGGUUGGAAUGAUGUGAAUUGUGUCAACUUUGUUAGCAACGCCGUGUGCGAAGCCAGUGCCUUAUAAUAUUUCAUCCUAGUCUAAAGAAGCUUCUGUUUUAUGAUGUCUUCUCCAGAAUACGUAUUCUAUUAUGUAUUUGGAAUUACAAUUUGGAAUUGUAGACACUCGUUAAAUUAUGGUAAGUGUCAAUGUAGGGCGACGGUCCAACAUUAACCUUAGCCGAUGUCAAGUUGUUAUAAAUAUACAUAUGGUGAAAUUCAAAAGAUAGAUUAUUUAAAGAUAACGGUGUACUAUAUAAUAACAAAAACAAAUUGUUGAAUUGAUUCACGUUAUCAUCGCGUUAUCAUCAGUUCGAUAUGAAACGUUACACUACAUAAAAUGAUUACACUAUUGUGAAUAGCAUCAUAGCAGGUGCCAGUUGUCAUUCCAUUUCCUGUGCGAGAUUAAUAUAAUCUUUAAUUCCCUUGAGAGUGAGACAGGUGUAUCUCAGCCUAAAGAGAAGAUUCUUAAAUUGCCAAAUUCGAUGCAGCUUAAGAAUCUUACCCCAUAGGAAGAGAUCACCUGUCACAUUCCCAAUGCAAGGGGCUGAAUGAUUAUUUUCUUUUUCCCUGUGUACCCUCGUUUAUAUCUGAUAUUGCCGUUACAUCAAUGCAAGACAAUGCUGACGAAAUGUAGAUAAAGUGCACAGGUCAUGUUGAUUGGUUACAUACAAACGAUGCUUCCUAGCUAGUGUAUAAUCACAAUAUAUCUACAGGAAUAAGGUAUAUUUCCUAUGUACUCUCCAAGGUCGCAACGACAAAAUUAUUAUUGCAAAUAUUUGAGGAGACGAAUGAGAAAUCAUUCAGCGCUACCACUUUAAACAGUCUACAGUGUUAUCUUAUUAAAUUAUUUAUAGUUUUAACAGGUAAUGAAACAGUUUUCGGUAGUGCUUUUACACAUAGUUUAUACUAAAUUAAAUCCACGGCUUGGUCCCGUCUUUGCAAUUUUGAUGAUUUGUUGAGAUAGUACCUGUCAGAUGCUUUAGGAGAACAAAUGUAUUUUAGCCUGUAGAACUACGACUUGAUCGGCAGAGGGAGGGAACUCCAUCAUAACAAACCUACGUUUUGGAAUUUUCCACACGCCGAGGAGCAGAUAACAAGCAUAGUAGAAUGUGUAUAAAUUAAUUCGAAUUUCUUAAUGAUGAAAUACGUCUUGAUCAAAGAUUUGUUCACUUUUUUAACAUUUUUUCAUAUACAGACGUAUUCGCAUUAUCAAAUUAAUUAAUCAUAUCCUCGUUCGUGAGAAGGAAAGUGUGUUAUUAUGUUUUCACAGCUUCUACAAUAAAUAAAAUUAUAUUCUUUUCAAA